UAUUCGGAACGCUCCUCGCGCAUCCGAGCCGGUUCCAAAACAAAAGAAAAACGAUUUUCCAAGCCAUUUUCGAAACGUGUGCGCGAAUCGCUCAUUAAACCCAAAUGGGUGUACAAUAAAAAGUUUUAGCCCCAGCCAUUGAAAAGUGUGUGCUCUACUUAUUCUUUUAUUAUUUUGUCGAAGCCAUUGUCAUCGGUUUCCGCGUGGGGGAGUCAAGCGGAGUGGAGUGCCCGAGUGUGUCGCUUAAAGGCCAAUUCAAGUGGCUGGCAUUUAAUCAAGUCAAGUCCCAGUCUCCGACGCCGCCGGUGUCACAAAAGAGAGCCGGAGUCCUUGGCAUAUCUUGGCUUUCCCCAGCCGUCGCACCCCGCGCACAUUCACCAAAUUCCCAGUGAAAACAUAGCCAUAAAUUAACAACUAAUUCAAUUAACUGCCGACAACGUCAACGAGCACCGCUUGGCUGCAGCGGAAUCCUGGGCUGGGACCAAAGCCAGGAAAAGUCGGGAGCCGAGCACUGCAUCGCCGCAGGAUAUGCGGCGGGCUGCCUAGGAGGAAUUCCUUGUGCGAGCCUCCUCCUUCACGCGAACGCAGUGCAGCAGUUGCAGGCAGCCAUGAGCGAGCAGAUUGGCAACAGCAACAACAACGCCAACGUAUCUUUCAGUGGAAGUGGCAGCAAUGCCGCCUCCAUCGCCGAAAGUGCGGCGGAGAGCGGUCCGGACUUCGAUGCACUAAGGACCGCCUGCGAAACGCGGCUAAAUGGCAGCGGCCAACUGGCGGACACAGGACCCCGCUGCUCCGGCACCUUUGAUGGCUGGCUUUGUUGGCCGGAUACGGCCCCGGGCUCCUCCGCCUACGAACUCUGCCCGGACUUCAUCACGGGAUUCGAUCCAGCAAGAUAUGCCCAUAAGGAGUGUGGCCUCGAUGGCGAAUGGUUUAAGCAUCCGUUGACUAAUAAAACAUGGUCCAACUACACAACCUGCGUAAAUCUGGACGACCUCGAGUGGAAGCACAAUGUGAAUCUGAUCUACGAGGUUGGUUACGGCAUCUCCCUGCUGGCCAUACUGUUGUCGUUGGCCAUAUUGGGUUAUUUCAAAUCCCUGAAGUGCGCCCGCAUCACGCUGCACAUGAAUCUGUUCGCCUCGUUUGCGGCCAACAAUUCGCUGUGGCUGGUCUGGUACCUGCUGGUCAUGCCGAAUACGGAGCUCCUGCAUCACAGUCCGAUGCGCUGCGUGGCUCUGCACAUAAACCUGCACUAUUUCCUCCUAUCGAACUACUCGUGGAUGCUCUGCGAAGGAUUCUACCUGCACACCGUCCUGGUGGCCGCAUUCAUUUCCGAGAAACGGCUGGUCAAAUGGCUGAUUGCCUUUGGCUGGGGCUCGCCGGCCAUCGUCAUAUUCGUCUAUAGCAUGGCCCGCGGUCUGGGCGGCACUCCCGAGGACCAUUUGCACUGCUGGAUGAGCCCAACCGACUACGAUAACAUUCUGGUGGUGCCCGUGUGUAUCUCCAUGUUCCUCAAUCUGCUGUUCCUGUGCAAUAUCGUGCGCGUUGUCCUUUUGAAGCUGAAUGCUCCGGCCAGUAUUCAGGGCAGUUGUGGUCCAUCGCGAACUGUUUUGCAGGCAUUUCGGGCCACACUGCUGUUGGUUCCACUGCUCGGCCUCCAGUACAUCGUAACGCCGUUUCGUCCUGCACCCGGACAUCCCUGGGAGAAUACAUACGAAAUCAUCUCGGCGUUUACGGCCUCAUUUCAAGGUCUGUGCGUGGCCACUUUAUUCUGCUUCUUCAACGGCGAGGUGAUUGCCCAAAUGAAGCGCAAGUGGCGGAUGAUGUGCUUCAGCAACCGACCGCGGACCAAUUCCUACACAGCCACUCAGGUCUCGGUAAGAUUUGUACUAAAAGCUUCACAUGCUUUUCUUCCAUCCUUUCUCUCUACUAAUUUUGUACCACGGGUUACGGCGCGUAUGAGUAAUGCAGCAGCACUAGCACACUUAAGCACUCACAGUUUAUUGGCCUAUAGAUACGCAUUAACCGCAUGCAACCAAAAAAAAUAAAAAUAAAA